CGUUCCGUCUUCUCCUUUUCUUCAAACGAAAACAUCAAACCAAGAACCACCAUAUAAACUGAAUCAAGAACAUUAUAUAACUCAUCAUUGGUGCUACACAUGGAGAACAAUACAUGCAAGAAAGGAUCAUCAUCAAUUUCAAGAAACUCAUCGAUAGGAUACUACUAUCAGCGAAGGUCGUCGGAGGGUGUUCCGUUCAACUGGGAGAUGCAGCCAGGGACUCCCAUUAAUACUCAGCCGGUGGAGAUUAUUCCUCCGAUCAGUCCUCCUCCGGCAAUGCUCAGCCUAAACUUCCCCACUCCAUCCAUCUCUGUAGAAGAGCCUAAGCAUUCUGUGUUUCCAGCGAAGCUGAAGCUGCGGAGAUGGAAACAUAUUCGCUGCAAGAGAUAUUUCUCUAGAUUGACUAACAAAAUGGUUUUCUCUUCUAUAUGUUUGUACCCUGAGAAACGCUAGCUAGAUAGCAGGAGUGAAUAGGCCGAGUUAAUAUUCUGUUAGGCCAAUCAACAUCCUUUGUAAAGA